GUGUUUUAUUACGGAAAAUAUAUAUACAAAUAAGUAUUUAGACGAUGUUACAAAGAUGCGGUGUUCUGGAUUUUAAUUAUUUUACAAAUCUUUGAAGCGUUCUAGGAAUGAAUACAAAUGAGUUGUAAAACAUCACUGAAACUUUUUUCGCGGCAAGUCGCUCGAGUAUUAAACAAAAAAGUGCAUACGUCAUAUGGUUUUGUGUUGAAUUCUCAAAAGAUAUCAUCUAUACAAGGUCAAAAAAGUUUAUUAGAGCAGGAUGACUUUUUUGAUGUAAAAAAGCUUGUUGACUUGAAAAAGUUAUUUGAUUCUCGAGUACAUUUGGGUCAUCACGAAGGGACCUGGAACCCUCUCACAAGACCAUAUAUUUAUGGUCAACGCUCAACACAGCUUAUUAUAGACCUAAACCAGACUGUCGAGUGCUUAAAUUGUGCAUUAAAUGUUCUUAGUCACAUUGUUUACAACCAAGGAAUUAUUUUAUUCAUCUCAAUGAAUCCGCGAUUUGAUUAUCUUAUUCAAAAAACAGCUCGAGACUGUGAAGAAUAUUUUAUUACACAUGGGUGGCAGAAAGGUUUAUUCACCAACUCUCCGUUGAAACUUGGUACACAAAAGCUUCCCGACCUUGUAAUUGCAUUUAAUAAUUCAAGAUUCGAAAAAACACGGGAUGCAAUAAUAGAGGCAUCUAUGUGCAACAUACCUGUUAUCGGAAUUGUUGAUACAGAUUGUGAUCCAAGGUUAAUAACUUAUCCCAUUCCUGCUAAUGAUGAUACAUACGAUUCAGUUAGUCAUUUAUGCGAUAUAUUUAAGCAAGCCAUUCUGAAUGCUAAAUUAAAGCGCAAUGAACUUAAUUGAUUAAAUUUUAUUGUUUUUAUAAAAAGACUUUAUGAAGCAAUAAAUUUAAUAUGUUUAAAUUGUAGGUCACUAAAAAUAAGAAAAUUUUUGUAUGAAA